AAGGAAAUAAAAUAAUGAAGGGGUAGGCAGAAGCUUAUGAUUUGAGAAUGACCCUCCAAAGCUCAUUGACUCCCACUUCCAUCACAUGCAUCUCUCUCUCUCAAUCUCCUUCUCUUUCUUCCUUUGGAGGCAUCCAAUUCUGCUUAUUUAAGCCCCUCCCCUCCUCCCUUCAUUCUCAUCCUCUCCAACAAUCAAAUUUCUCCUCUCUGAUUCCCAAACCCUUCAAACUUUACUCACAAUCUUCUCUUACAAACAAAACCAUUACCAAAACUCUACCUAUUGCCUGUUUCUUGGCAUCCAUCCACAAGAACACAACCACAACCACAGUUUUCAAUCAAACAAAACAAAACAAAACUUGUUUGACAUACCUCAGUAGUGAUGGAGAACUUGUUUCGUCUUGCUGAUCACAAUGACUUUUUCUCUCGUCGAUGCAUCUGGGUUAACGGUCCGGUGAUCGUUGGAGCUGGACCGUCCGGGCUGGCCACUGCUGCUUGUCUUAGAGAACAAGGGGUGCCUUUUGUAGUCCUUGAACGAGCUGAAUGCAUAGCUUCUCUGUGGCAAAAGCGCACCUAUGAUAGGCUUAAGCUUCACCUUCCAAAGCAAUUCUGCCAGCUCCCUAAACUCCCUUUCCCUGAAGACUUCCCUGAAUACCCAACCAAGAGACAGUUCAUUGAGUACCUUGAAUCAUACGCCAAGCAUUUUGAGAUCAACCCACAAUUCAAUGAGUGUGUUCAAUCAGCAAGGUAUGAUGAAACCAGUGGCCUGUGGCGUGUCAAAACUGUUUCGACUGCUGGGUCGACGCGCAAUGAGGUCGAGUACAUUUGCCGAUGGCUCGUUGUGGCCACCGGCGAGAAUGCUGAACGUGUAAUGCCCGACAUCGAAGGAUUAAGCGAGUUUUGCGGUGAUGUCUCGCACGCUUGUGAAUACAAGUCCGGAGAGAAGUUCACCGGAAAGAAAGUGGUGGUAGUUGGCUGUGGCAACUCAGGCAUGGAAGUUUCUCUUGACUUGUGCAACCACAAUGCCUCACCUUCAAUGGUGGUCCGAAGCUCGGUCCAUGUCUUACCAAGAGAGGUUCUUGGAAAAUCUACAUUUGAACUAGCUGUUUUGAUGAUGAAAUGGCUACCCCUCUGGCUGGUUGACAAGCUCUUGUUGGUCCUGGCAUGGCUGAUGCUAGGAAACAUUGAAAAUUACGGCCUCAAACGGCCAUCAAUGGGGCCAUUGCAGCUCAAAAACGUGGUGGGGAAGACCCCUGUUCUUGACAUUGGAGCACUGGAGAAAAUCAAAUCCGGUGACAUCAAAGUAGUUCCUGGAAUCAAACGGUUCACUCGCAACCAAGUAGAGCUCGUCAAUGGCGAAAAGCUCGAUGUAGAUUCAGUAGUUUUGGCUACUGGGUACCGCAGCAAUGUCCCCUCUUGGCUUCAGGAAGGCGAAUUCUUCUCGAAAAACGGAUUCCCAAAAGCAGCAUCGCCACAUGCAUGGAAGGGAAAUGCAGGGCUUUACGCAGUCGGGUUCUCGAGAAGAGGGCUAUCAGGGGCUUCGUCGGACGCCAUGAAAAUAGCUGAAGACAUCGGCAGUGUCUGGAAGGCGGAGACAAAGCAACAGAAGAAGAGAACCACGGCAUGCCAUAGACGAUGCAUUUCACAGUUCUGAAAAAUGACCGCCAUUGAUGACUUUGGCGAAGGUGUAAAAAAGAAGAAUACAAAUAAUACUGUAAAAAGAAAAAAAAAAAAAAAGAACACAGAAACAGAGCCCUCUCCAGAAGCCCAAUUUUAGACAAAAACUUGUUAUGGGCAUUUUGUAAAAGAUGGAAGAUGAGGCUUUUCUUUUUCUCCUGUUCCUUCAUUUGUUCAUCCAAUUUACUUCUUAUUAAAACUUAUCCCAAUUCUUCUGUUCA